CAUUUACCAAACCAUAGAGCUACAGUAAUAAACAGUAAAAAGUUUACCAUAAACUCAUCAAAAAGAGAGAGAAGUGAAGUGCAUAAUAUUUUUAGAUGUAGAAAUCAAAGGUGUCAUCUGAAUAAUUAUUAAAAUAUUAUCGAUCGUGAACAUAAAAGGUUAGAGUAGUGCGAUCUAAUAUGCAGAACAACCCCCAGGAGCUUUCAUGGCAGGCGAUUCAGGCUAUCGUCGGGGUUAAACUUCCACCAAAUGUACUACGCUUUGAUGAUAUCGGAUUCCACUUAGUCAACAAUACUGUUUCAAGCGCUGAAGAUUCUGAUUCGGAUGUAGAAAUAGUCGAAAAUGAUUGGGAGUCUGAUAAUAAUGUGUCCUCCAGACCCGAUCAUUCCGACAAUGAAAAAACUACGUCCCCCGAUAGGGAACAAAGUGAGUCACCCGUUUUACGACUCAUAGAGCCCGACAAUAACAAUACAGGCAAAGAAACUUUAGAUUACAGAGAAUAUGACGAAAAGAUUGAUACUAAAGAUAUAUCUCCAAAGGAACAUAUGACACAAAUCCAAAUCGAUGAUGCUGAUAGUUCAAAUGGUAAUGUUAUGUCUAUUGAAAACUAUUUGGAGGUCACUUUAUCUACUGACUCUGAGGCUAGUCAUACUUGCAACCAAUGUAACCAAAUGUUUUCUAACGAAAACUCUCUGGCCUCACACAAAUGUAGUGCUAAACCCACCGAAGAAAAAAAGUACUCUUGUCAUGUGUGCUCAGAAAAGUUUCCAAGCUCCUGGGAUCUCAGGAAACACCUAAGCAGCCAUUUUCCUGGAAUGUUGGAAUCCAAGUCAAGCUUUUGUCACCUUUGUCAAAAAGACUACACAAAAACAGGAUUCAUGAAUCAUUUACGUAAACAUACGGGUGAGCGUCCAUUUGUUUGUGAACUUUGCCAUAAGGCAUUCUCUCAGUCGAGUUCACUUUCCAUACAUAUGAAGUUCCAUCUCAAUGUAAGAAAACAUGCUUGUACUGUAUGUGAAAAGAAAUUUGUAACCAAAAGUGAACUAUCUCGGCACAUGACAGUGCACACUAAACAAAAGUCCUAUUACUGUGGAGUAUGUGACAAAGCCUUCACUCGCUCAGAUAAUAUGAAGAAACAUGAGAAAACUCAUGGGUAAAAUGUUUUCGAUAAAAUCAAACGAGAAUAUAGUACUGUGAACAAUGUCAUAAUAUAACAUGCAAUUCAAUUGCAUUCUGAAAUCAAAAUUGUCAAUAAUGUCUGGUCAAUUCUGUUGCCAAAAGCAUUGUAGUUAUUACUUUUCAAGAAACUAUAAUUUCUGAUUCUCUUAUUGCCAAAAAAUUAGUUAUAAUAUGUUUGUUAAGAAUAGAACUUUUACAUUGUUUAUACUAAAUUUAAACCUAUCAUGAUCUAGUUCAUAUUUUAGUCAUUAUGGUGUGUUUCUGUGUUUAUGCGAGUGUUUUAACACACUCAAUGUGUGCUGCUGUAAUUGCUUGCAAUUUUUUUUUAUUUAUAUUAUUUUCAACUGUAUGUUUGGGUUACUAGUGAAUUAGUAAAAUGUAUUUGCAGGUGCUCUACAAUAAGGUCACACAUAUCUCAAUCCAAUGUUGCCUUUUAGAUAUGAUAAAGUGAUAUUUUAAUAUAUGGAUAUUUAUGUAGGUGGAAUGUCCAAAGGUCCGAUAGCCUUAUUGUAAUGUUUACAUUAGAUAAAAGGAAACAUGUUGGUUAUUCAAUUAUGAGGCCUUUGAAAAGAUAUCACCAAUUAUUUUUGUAAGCUUAUUGGUAGAGGUGACCAUUAUGGGAUUCUUGGUGUUUACUCAAACAGGACAUAUUAUGAUAAUAGAGGAAUAUCUAGUAACCUAUUAAGUAAUGUCUAUUAUAUAAGACCAUUAACCAAAAUUUCAUAAUUAAGCCUGCUUUUCAGAGUUUGAUUUAAGGGAGUCAAUGUUCUGAGUCAUUUUUAUUUUAAUAAUCGGCCGAAAUUAUCGUCAUUUAUUUUCAUAAUAGAGCAGGGUUCUGUAAGGACCUUUAUCUACAGUCUCAGUUAAUUAAAAAAGCAACUAUUGGGUUUCUUCAAUUUUAGUGAAAUAUUAUCAAAUCUUCAAAAUCCUUAUGCCACCAGGUCCUCACUAUGAUCGAGUAAAUACCAAUUUAGCAUUAUGGGCUCCCCUACUACAUAAUUAUACAUAUUACCUAUUUUACAUGAGGUAUGGUACUAGACCACCAGUUAAUGAAAACUUUGCCAAAUUUUUAGAUAAGUAUUUCAAGUGAUUUUAAUUACUGUACUGUGUUGUAACCAAAGCAAUAACAUUUUUAAUGUGCCUAUUCUUUAUAAUAAUUAUUAUAAAUACAAGUAUACCAAAUAAUUUAAUUAUUUAGAAUUAAUAGAUUUAAUAAUUGAAAAUCUGUAGGUAACUAGUAAGUUACUAUUUUCCAACUGUGAAUGAAGUAUGAGGAAGUUACUCUGUAUUUCCUUGUUGGUCUCCUAAUAUACUAGUUAAGAUAAUGAACAACUUUAAUGAUAUAAGUUAAGGUUUAUGAAAUGAGACCUUCAUUAAACAUCACAAAUGUUUAACAGUGCACAUUAUUUAUUUGUAACUGUUUAGGAACAUUAGUUAAUUAGUUUGCUAUUUGAUAGACAAGGUCCUUUGCUAUAAGACUUUUAGACCAAAAUAAGUAACAAAAAUCCCAAAGAAUAAUGUACUGUCAUAUUUUAUAAUUGGCUAUAAAACCAAAGGCUAAACUUAUAUUGUGCCACUUGGAUUUCAUAUACUGGUUGUAAUAUAAUGCCUUAUUAUAUUGUCUAGGUUAAUUUUAACUAAAAUAGACAAUAAACAUAUAUGUAUAUUUAUUAUAUAUUAUAUUUAAUGUUUUAAGUAUUUAAAUUUGCAUGACUUGUUUGUAGUUUAAGAAAUCGAUAUUGAGCCAAAUGAAAUAAAAACGCAAAAUCUACAAGACUGACGAUAAUAUUCAGAGUAGGUAUAAACUUGUGCACAAAAUCAAUUAUUUAUUCAUACUGUUUAUAAUUACAAUUUACAAUGUUCUAUUUAUCAAAAAUGCACCUUGUUAAAAACUCAUCAUGACAAUUAGAUUAAGUUCCGUUUGAUAUAUAAAUUAAAAAUAUUUUAUGAAAAUGUGUAAUAAUAAUUGCGAUUUUAUUAAAGAGUUGUUUGUUGCAA